UAGCUCUGUUUUGCUUCCUUCACGCACAUGAGACAAACCAACGUGGCUUCUACUUUUGAAAAGAAAUUUCUGCAGCUUUGAAGUGUAGUUACAUGUUUAUAAAAGAAAAGUUUUUUAUACAAACCCCGUCAUCAACGAAACAAGCCGAUUGACAAGAACAAUAACUCGUCUUUCUGCCUCAGAGACACACGGUCCUACAGGAAACAUGUUUAAUGAGGAAGAAGACUGGAGUGACGAACAAGACGCUCAAGUCCUGAGCACAACUGUCCUCAAAAACACCCAGAGCAGCAGCACAAAUGUCAAGUCCAAGUUGGUUGGAAAGAAGAGCCUGCUGCGGACCCUGCAGACACUGGGCUCAGUCCCAGAGUGGAAGAACGAAGACCAUCAGCAGAACAGUGACAGUGAGGCAGAAGUGGUCCCGACACACACUAAGAGAAAGAAGAAAAGAAGCAAAAGGCGAAAGCAAGCAGAGACAACAGGAGAGUCGCAAGAGAAUGGAGAUGUAGUUCCGACUGUUACUGAGGAGAAACUUGGAACAAAAAAGACGAAGAAAGACAACAAAUUUGGGACCCUAAAGGUAAAAAAUCCAUAUGUGCGCAAGACAACGAAUAAAGAAACAACCAAAUCUGCAGAAGUGAAUGUAAACAAACCAGAGAACACAGAGAAACUGAACAGACAACAGUGGAAAAAGAAAAUGAAGAACAAGAGGAAAUGUAAAAAUAAAUACAGCCAGAAUAAUCCUGAGGAGGAAGUUAAAAAGGCCGAAUCUGCAGAGCAACACAAGCCAAAGGAAGAAGUCAAAAUAGAUUCAAAUAGCAACAACAGUCAAACCCCAGCCAAGAAAAAGGAAAAGCAACGUAAACCACAGAAAAGGAAGAAGACUGAAGAGGACACUGACAUCGCCGGUACAACGCUCAGAGAAGAAAAGCAGCGAAUUGGUGGCAAAGUUGAAAAAAGUGCAACUGAAUCUUCUGCAGAACAGAAAGCAGAUGAACAUGAAAUGGAGAUCCCAGAUUAUCAGCACCCGUCACCCAUGAAAAGACUGAAACCUGAGUUGAGCAGAGAAGAGAUUCUGAAAAGAGAGAAGCUACGGAAAAUGCUCCACAGCCAGGAACCGGUCCAACAAGAGAGUCCUGCAGAGAUGAAAGACGAGCAGGCGGUACCAGAAGAAGAGGUGAAACAGGACCGCUCUGCCUCCCUCAGGUCCCGCAUGGAGCAGCAACUAGAGUCGGCUCGUUUCCGCUACAUUAAUGAAGUUUUGUACAGCACAUCCAGCGGAGAGGCGAAGCGUAUGUUCAAACAGGACCCGCAGGCUUUCGGGAUCUACCACAGAGGAUACACGGCGCAGGUUCAGAGAUGGCCCGCCAAUCCAGUGGACGCGAUCAUCUCUUACAUUCGACUAAAGCCUCCCUCUCUGGUGGUUGCAGACUUUGGUUGUGGAGACUGUAAAAUAGCGCGCAGCGUGAAGAACAAAGUGCACAGCUUCGACUUGGCAGCUACAUGUGAGCUUGUCACAGUCUGUGACAUGGCCAAUGUCCCGCUUCGUGACGCCUCUGUGGACAUCGCCGUGUUCUGCCUUUCUCUCAUGGGAACCAACCUGGCAGAUUUUCUAGCAGAGGCCAAUCGUGUCUUAAAGAAGGGGGGUGUCCUUAAAAUAGCAGAAGUGGCGAGCAGGUUUGAAAACAUGCGGAACUUCGUCUCUGCACUGGCAAGCCUGGGAUUCAAGAUGGUGUCCAAGGACUCAGAAAACACUCAUUUCCAUUCCUUUGAAUUACUGAAGACUGGAGAUGCUCCAGAAAAUAUAAAAACAUUUGGACUGCAGUUGAGGCCCUGUGUCUACAAGAAAAGAUGAAUUUAUGCGAGAGGACGUUAUUCAAACAACGUCUGGGUGUGUGACCUUUUACUUCUUUUUCUUUUCUUUGAAGCAGUACGUUUGUGUAUGUACAGCUCGGGUCCACUGUUUCUCAAAGCAGCAGUUGUACAUUUGUAUCUAAAAUGUAUUGUUUUUCAUUACUACAUUUGAAGCCACUGGUAUUCACAGAUUUCAACUAUUGAAUGAUCUGCAUUAUGUCUUACAUGAUUUUUCAUGUAAUACAGGUCUCUGUAAUCAUAUGCCAUCAAUAUCCAAAUGCAUGCAGGUUUCCUCCCAUUGCCUCUGGUUUAAUAUGUUCUGAUCAGGGAAAUAACCAAGGUGUGUUUUAGUUGGAAUGAAAACCCUCAUACAUGUUUGGAUGGCACAUCACACUAAAAAGCCACCAAUUUAGUGAAAAUAGUGAAGAAAAGUUGUAAAUGUUAAGAGUUUCCUGUUGAAAGAUUCUGACAAUUCUGGAAGAAAUAAAAGCCACAUGUUUAAAAUGAA